AUGUCUGACCUCAUGCGCGACGCGGCCUUUGGGCAGCUGAUGAGGUGGAUCUCCGGUAAUCGCCUGUUCCAAUACCCGGAAGACAAACCAGACUUCCAACUUCCCCCACAAUAUCAAUUCCUCCUCGAGAAGGGACAGAAUGGCAACGCAAAUGACAUCGAAUUCGAGAAAGAUACCGCUCUCUCACAAAUCCCAAGCAGGGCUGAGAGCCUCCCGUGCAGCUAUGAGCGCUUCGACAUCGAAAAACGACUUGAGAUUGAAAGAACAAAAUCGUUGUCCAUCGCUCCCCGGCAGACAAACGACGGCAUCAUCCUUGUGGACUGGUACACGACUGAUGACCAAGAUAACCCGAUGAACUGGAGCACCAGAAAAAGUUCCUUUGUCAUCUUUCUCCUUUGCUUCUACACAUGGGUCGUCUACAUUGGUUCCGCCAUCUACGCGGCGAGCGAAGAAGGCGUCAUGCAGCAAUUCGGAGUCGGACACACCGCAGCCAGUCUCCCCCUAUCGUUGUAUGUGCUGGCUUAUGGUAUUGGACCACUGCUAUUUGCGCCCUUGACGGAAAUCCCCAUCAUCGGUCGAAACUCGAUCUAUAUCAUUACUUUCGUUCUCUUCUUCAUCAUCUCAAUUCCAACAGCAGCAACAAACAGUUUCGCAGCCUUAUUGGUCCUUCGGUUCUUGCAAGGUUUCUUUGGCAGUCCAGCAGUGGCAAAUGCCGGUGCCUCAUUUGGAGAUUGGUGCUGGGCCGCAUGGGCAGGGCCUGCGUUGGGGCCUGUCCUAAGCGGCUUUGCCGUCAGCGCCGAAAACUGGUAUUGGGGUCUUUGGGAGAUGGCCUGGAUGGCUGCACCCGUAGUCAUCAUCCUCUUCCUCUUCCUGCCCGAAACUUCGGCUGCCAACAUUCUCCUACGACGUGCACAGCGAUUGAGGAGACUCACCGGCUCUCCAAUGUUCCAAGCUCAAAGCGAACUCGAUCAGAGAAAUCUUACAGCUCGCAGCAUUGCAGUCCAUGCCUUGGUCAAACCAGUUGAGAUCAUGAUCAAGGAUCCAGCCAUCUUCUUCGCCAACAUGUACACUCCCCUCUUUUACGCCACGUACUUUACAUUCUUCGAGGUCUUCCCCUUGGUCUUCCCAGUGAUGUACGAGUUCAACCUUGGAGAAACGGGGUUGGCAUUUGUACCCUGUCAGAUUGGCGCAACGAUGGGCCUACUCGUCUACUUCGCCUACCUACGGUGGUAUAUGAUCCCCGACAAUAAGAAAAACGGUUUACGCGAACAGGAACACCGACUCGUCCCCGGCAUUUUCGGAUCAUUUUUCUUCCCCAUCGGGCUCUUCCUCUUCGCUUGGACCGCCCGCCCGGACAUCCACUGGACGGUGCCCAUCCUUGGAAUCGUCCUCUUCGUCUUCGGCACCUUCUUCAUCUUGCAGAGCAUCUUCGUCUAUGUCCCCCUCUCCUAUCCCCGAUAUGCCGCGUCCCUGUUCGCUGCCAACGACUUGUCACGAUCCUCCUUCGCGGCUGGGAGCAUAUUCUUCGCCCGGCCGCUGUUUGUCAACCUCGGAGUUGACAAGGGCGUAACGGUCUUGGCCUCCAUCAGCGUCCUGGGCAUUUUCGGCAUGUUUGCCUUGUAUUACUACGGUGCCAGAUGGCGUACUCGGUCAAGCUUUGCACAAGCCUGA